AUGGCGAUGAAUAUUCGGACUGUUGAGCAGCUUGCUUUGCUGCCUCCUGAUUCUUUUUAUGUCACUGUAAACGGCCGUUUUGUAGAUUGGAAACUUCUUCAUGAAGGAUCAGUAUUUUCCGUGCACUUUAGACUUCGCGGCGGCAAAGGAGUGAAACAGCAGUCUAAGGUAAGUUUCGCUGCAGGUUUUGGUUCGCUUUUGCGUUCUUUUCGUAUUCAUCGGUCAACAAAUCAGCUAAUGUGUCGGGACUUAAGCGGUCGACGAUUGGCUGAUGUUAAAGAGGAGGAGAGGUUGCGCAAGUGGAUAGAAAGAGCGGGUGAACGAGAAUCGGAGAAAAGAAGAAGAAGACGUGAGAAGUAUGAGAAGUUAAAAGCAGGACCUCCGAAGCACCAGUUCAGUGACCCUGACUACUUCAAAGCACGAGAGAAAAUUUUGGAUGAGACUGACGAUGCAUUUGAAGCUGGGUUGUCAGCAUUAUCGAAGAGAAAAAAUGACGGAAAAGACGCCAUUGAUUGUGCUAGCUCGUCUGAAAGUGAUGACAGCGAUAUAGAUCCGUCACUUCCUGGCCCAAGCAAAAGAGGAUUAAAAAGGAAGCAGGGCUGCAAGAUUCUUCAGAGCAAACGAUUAAAAUUGGAAAACGCUAGCGCGAAUAUUGUUCCUGUUAAGGUUUUAGGAGCGAAGAAGACGUCUAAAGCGGCGGAAAGUGGCGUGAAUAGCGUUAAGCAAGGCGCAGUGACCAAUAUAAAAAAUGUCAUUGUUACCGUGGAUGGACAGCGUGACAUUAAAAGCCAGUCUUCAAAAACAUAUAAUGAAGGUGAAACACGUGAUGAGAAGACUAGCGCGUUAAAUGAGGAAGCACGGACGUCUUCAAGUGAUGCGUUGGGUUUUCCCGAGAUAAAUCUUGAUGAAUUUCAAGAUACUCACUCACUUCAGAAAUUAGGGCUUGAUCAUCUGAAAGCUGCUCUUGAAGUUAGGGGCAUGAAGUGUGGCGGAUCUUUAGAAGAGCGUGCUUCACGGUUGUUCGCUGUCAAAGGUUUAAAGCCCGAACAGUAUCCUCAGUCAGUGAUGGCUGCAUCGAAGAAGAAAAGAUCAAAGAAGGCAGCGUUAUUCACUUUCGAGAUUGCUAUUUGGCUUUGGUAG